AUGAAACCUCCAAAAAUAAUACUCGUAGCAUUGUUUUUCACUGCUUGCUCGGGGCAGCUGGUGAGGUACGAUGAUCAUCAAGUUUUUUCAAUCAAAAUUCGCAAUGACGACCAACUUGUUGCCCUUAAGAAUUUAGAAGGCAUUCCCAAUAAAUUUAAAUUUAUUGACGUCCCGAGUGCUAUCAAUUCAACGGUGCAGGUUGUGAUUGCACCUCAACUUCAAAAUGAGUUUGAACACCUUGUGGAGUUUUUACAGUUGGAGGUUUCUCUGGACAUAAGUGAUCUUCAACGGAUCAUCGAUGCCGAACGUCCGCAUCGCAGAAAGCGGACAGUUGAAUUUGGAUGGGAUGACUACCGUACCCUGGAGGAAAUUUAUGCUUGGGUUGACGAUCUUGUUCUUCAAUAUCCCGAUAUUCUAACGGUGGAAACGAUUGGUCAUUCGUACGAACAGCGCGAGAUUAAAGUCGUUAAACUGUCGCAUAACCCGAAUAACCCGGGAAUUUUCUUGGAUGCCAAUAUACAUGCAAGAGAAUGGAUUACUUCGGCAACCGCUACAUGGAUCCUGAAUGAGUUGCUCACGUCGGACGAUCCCUUGGUUCAAAAUCUAGCGAGAAAUUUUAAUUGGUACGUAGUACCAGUUUUGAACCCGGACGGAUUCGUCUUUACUCACAGCACGGACCGUAUGUGGAGGAAAACUAGAACCCCGUAUUCACUGUUUUGCUACGGAGCAGAUCCCAAUCGCAAUUUUGACUUCCAAUGGAACAACGGUGGAACAUCAUCGAAUCCCUGUUCGGAUAACUACUCCGGCCCACAUCCCGAAUCGGAGCUAGAAGUCAAAACAUUGUCGCAGUAUCUUCUGUCCAUUUCGCACAAGGUGACGCUCUACUUAUCGCUUCACUCGGCGGGCCAAUUUGUUAUCGUUCCUUUCGGUUACACCAAUGCUCCACGACCGACCAACGAUGCCCAUCUGAGACAAAUCGGAAGACGUGGAGUGGUCGAUGCCUACGAUAAACACCAAAAGCCGUAUCGAGUGGGUACACCCUCGGAAGUUUUGUAUACCGUUUCCGGGUCCUCUCAAGAUUGGGCCUACAGUGUCGCAGAAAUUCCACUUGCAUACACAUUCGAGCUUAGACCACAAUUGGAUUACACAUUCCGCUUCUUCGUACCAGCCGAUCAGAUCGUUGAAACGUCCGAAGAGAUCCUGGCAGCAUUCAUCGGCAUGAUUGACGAAGCACAAGUUCUCGACGGUGGAACUUCGUCGAAUCCCUGUUCGGAUACGUACUCGGGACCCCAUGCAGAAUCAGAAAUAGAAGUCAAAACAUUAUCGCUGUACCUUCUGACCAUUUCUGGCAAGGUGACGAUCUACUUAUCGCUUCACUCGGCGGGACAAUUAGUAAUAGUUCCGUUUGGUUACACCAAUGCCCCACGACCGACCAACGACGCUCAUCUGAGGCAAAUCGGAAGACGUGGAAUCGUCGAUGCCUACGAUAAACACCAAACGCCGUAUCGCAUGGGAACUCCACCAGAAGUUUUGUAUACAGUAUCCGGAUCGUCUCAAGACUGGGCCUAUGGGGUGGCAGAAAUUCCCCUCGCAUACACAUUCGAGCUUAGACCACAAGGAGGAGGUCUCCGAUUCAUUUUAGCAGCUGAUCAGAUCGUGCCAACGGCUGAAGAGAUCCUGGCAGUAUUCGUCGGCAUGGUUGAUGAAGCACAAGUACUGGGUUACUUUUCAACAGAGUGAUUUUAUUAAGUGUAAAGAGAAAAAAAAUCUAU